GCCGUGGCAGCAAGCUUUUGGGAUUUCCUACUGCUAAUAUGGACGUCAGAUGGGACUCGGUGAGCGAUGCAGGCAAGUUGGCCGCUGAGGAGCAGGAGGUGCUGGAUUUUGCAAAAGACUGCGAACCAGGCAUCUACUACGGUUGGGCUCAGGUUGCGACUGGCUUCAAAGACCGCGGCAUCUACAAGACCGCAAUGAGUGUUGGGUGGAACCCGACAUUCCCAGAUGUCAAGGCCAAGACCAUUGAGCCCUGGAUCCUGCACGACUAC